GUUUAUUUUUGUUUUUCUUGUUGCAGUUUAAACUUUCAAUGAGAGUCUCGAAAUUUAAACGAAUUUUAAUUUGUUUGUUGAAGUAAUUUGAUUGUGAAAAAUGAUUAACGUGAUAAAGCACGUUGACGACAUAUGUAAAAGUUGGCAACAAAUUCAAUGUGGGAGAUUUGAACUUUGGCUCUAGGCUGUUCUUGUCUUCAUUGAGAAAAACCUCUACUUGCCCAAGUCAAGAAACCAAGUAAAGUCGCGAAACGUGACAAAACGCGUUCUACAAGGUGAGGAGUUUGAAAACAGCUCAAGCCAACAGAAUGGAUAUCAUAUGGAUCCGACCUGCGAUCAAGCCUGUACAUCCAAGUGAAGUGGAAGAUCUUUCUGAUUCUGCUCUAAAACUUUUAAGAGCCUUGGAGUUGAGAUUUCAUCAAAGACACACUGGAAUUUUUCAGCGGUUAUCACAGGCCAACCCCUACGAUCAACCUCGUCCCAUGGGUCCACAACUUCAGACGUGCUCUCUGUCUCCUGUUAGAUUUAACUCUUUCAGUCGUGAAGUACCCAGUAUAACGCCCUGGUCUGGAGGUUUUAAUAUCACGCCAGCUGCAGCACAGAAUGACAGAUUCAAUCAUACUGACAGGUCUCCCCCACAUGCUCCAUACUAUACCAAUAUGGGAAGCCCGCUCCCCAAAUCUCAGACAUGUUCAAAAAAUUUGUGGAACCCUUCAUCUCCUGCCCAUUCUCGUACAGGAAGAGAAUCAACAUGGGAGGAGCUCAGUGAUAUUUUUGAAGAAGGAAAUGAUGAUACGUUGAGACGGCAGAGUGAAUCAUUUUCUACUGCUGUUUCACCGAGAAUAGUCAACCCCUCACUACUUCAUUCAAAGAGUAGCUCUCCCAUGUCAGUCUUAAAUAUGUCUCUAACAGAACAAAGUAGUUUCCUGCAAACAAGGUCAUGGCCAGAUCCUCCAUUGAAAAGAGAUGAAGUUAUCAGAUUAACAAAGGAGAGAAGAGGAGCAGAGAGUAUUCCAAAAAGAGAUGAAACAUGUUAUGUUCACACAUUUUCUGCAAACAAUGACAUCACUGAAAGUGGAGCCAAAAGUAAUGACGAAGAUGGCAAUAGUUUAUAUGAAUCCUUUGAGAACAGAAGUUUCGGCUCAAAUGACAACCAUUCUGUCAAUUUAGUUCAGCAAAAGGAUUUGAGGACAUUAUCAUCAAACAAAUUUAGCCCUCAAAAGUUAGAUUUCCAAUGCAGUGAUUACAAAUCUGACACAAGAUUUAAAGAAAAUACUGAACUACAAAGUGCAUCUAGUGCAGCCCCAAAUUUAUUGGACCGUUCCCACUCUUCCCCUCUAUUCGACAGGAGUUUCAGUUUUGAGGGAGAAUUAACUCAGCCUAUUGCUCAUCCUUCUGGAAACAAUGAUGCAGCUUAUUCCCUCACAUUGCCGAAUUACAUCUGCAGUCCUGAUCUUUUUCAAGAUGAAGGAUUAUCCAAACAUGGCUCAGAGAAUAAAACAAACUUAAACCAUUCAGAAGAAGAUGAAAGAAUAUCUAAACAUCACUCAGAAGAUAGAGAGAAUUUAGAACAUUCAACAGAGAGCAUUUUAAUCACCCCAGAUAAAAAAGUUAAGAAAUUCUUAGGCAAUACUUUUAAGAGAGCCAUUCGUUCAUCAUGUUUAUCUAGAAUGGGGAGUUCAGAAGAGUCAUUCACCUUAAAUAGAGAACCACAGAGUGAAGAUGUUGAGAGAGAACAACCAACAUUAACUUUGAAUGAGGAAGAGAAUACUGACAUUGAGACAUCACUGAACACUGUUGUGCGGGAGGAGAAUGCGCAAAAUGUUUGGAAUCUUCCCACAAUUGAGGGAAAACCUCACCAAAACCAAAACACAUUGCAUCAUCUUUCAGAAACAACAAUGUUAAAAGAGAAAAUUUCAAAAGACCCUGAAUCUACUUUGUUCUUUCCCAUAUUUAAUACCACCAACCAAACUAAACGAAAACAUGAUGCAAGAGAAGAAACAUCUAUGACAGGGUCACAAGGAUCCUGCAGAAAAAAGAUAAAGUUCACGGUGCCAUACAAAAAGCAGGACAGUACUGGACCUGUGUCAACAGCGAAAACAAUCCAAGAACUUGCUACAAAGUUAUCAAAACAAGUUGGUGAGAAAUUUGAGUUUGAAGAAUUGACUGAAAACCUAGCAAAUGAAAUCACUCAGAAAAUUACCAAUAAUGUAUCUUCUCUCCAAGAGAUAUCAAUCACUCUGUUAUACAAGGAAGGAUUUUGCCAACUAAAUCGUUCAAAGGACUGCAAAACCUCACAUCCUGAUAAGGUUCUUCUGCGAUUUGUGUGGGAAUGUGAUAUACAAUACAUCUCCCUUAGUCUGCUCAAAACAGCUUGGUCCUCUGCUUUCCUUAAAAACUUAAUGUCUGAUAAAACUAGAAAGAUAUGCUUUGAAGCCCAGGAAAUAAUUCAGCUGUUUGUAGACAAGUUUGGCUUAAAUGCAACUGAAGUUGCCUCUCAGUGGCUGAUUUUAGAUCCUUUGGUAGGAUGCUGGCUGUUAAACUCUGAUGAACCUCCUCAUUCUUUUAAAGAUGUCCUAAAUUUUUUGCAACUUUGUGAGGAUAGUAAUGGUGCAGUGAAACUACUCUGUAAAUUAUCACAAUGUGCACAAGUUUUGUAUGAGAAGCUUACAAGAUUUGGGUUGUGGAAAUUGUUUCUACACAUAGAAAUGCGAGUCACUCCAAUCCUAGCAUGCAUGGAAUUGCAUGGAAUAAAAGUAGAUAAAGACAAGCUUCGUAAAAUGGCAUCUCUUUUAAAGGGGCGUUUAGAGGAUAUUCAAAAAGCUGCUUACAAAGCAGCAGGUAGGCCGUUCCAAUUGACCUCUCCACAACAAUUGAGUACAAUUCUAUAUGAAGAUUUGAAACUGGAUCUUAAACACAAUAUAAGUGUAAAAGAAACUAACAAGCAACAUAAAAGCACAUCUGAGGCAAUGCUCAACAAAUUCAAAAAUCUACACCCAUUACCUGGAAUUGUUCUAGAAUUUCGUGGCUUACACAAACUUAAGAGUACUUAUGUUGAUGCAGUACUAGGCCAUCUUUCUGGGGAUAGUAUUUUCACCACAUGGGAUCAAAUAUCAGCUGCAACAGGCCGCAUAACUUCAAAUGAACCAAACCUACAGGCUAUUCCAAAGCAACCUUUGAUGCCUGACCUCGACUUACGUACAGCAUUUGUGGCUCGUGAUGGCUUCUCAUUCUUAGCUGCUGACUUUCAACACAUAGAGCUUCGGGUAUUUGCUCACUUGUCAACAGAUGCUGCUCUAAUAAGUGCACUGAGUCAAAAGACAGAUGUGUUCAAAAUUCUAAGCAAAGAAUGGCUUCAGAUAGCUGAUGUUGACAAGGUCACUGUUGAAGAUCGAGACAAAACUAAACGCAUUGUUUAUGCUUUGAUGUAUGGAGCAGGUCCAUCCAAACUUACUGAAUUUCUUCACAUAGACUACAACCAUGCUAGUAAAAUAUUAGAAAAAUUCUCAGAUGCCUUCCCCAAAAUGCAAGAUUUUACAAAGAACACCAUAGACCUAUGCCGUAAACAAGGAUAUCUAGCAACAGCAAGUGGUAGGCGAAGAUCAUUUCCAAACAUAAAAAGUGAAAAUUUUCAUUUGAGGACGCACAGUGAAAGGCAGGCUGUAAACUUUCUGAUCCAAGGAAUGGCUGCAGAUCUCUGUAAAUGUGCAAUGGUGCACACUCAAAGACAUCUCGCUUCAGUAAGAGUAAGUCAACUUCAUACCACUCGGCUUCUUCUUCAAAUUCAUGAUGAACUUUUGUGGGAGGUUCCAGAUUCUGAUCUCUUACAUAUAACAGAUGUCUUACAAGAAGCAAUGGAGGGAGCCACAUUGGCAGUCCAAAGCUUGUCAAGCUUCUCAGUGCCCUUGCCUGUUGUAAUGAAGACAGGCAAAACCUGGGGAGAGAUGCAUAUUGCAAAAACUGCUUUACUUGGACCAAGUCAACAGCAACAGCCAUGAUCUGGAAAUGGCAAAAUAAUUGAUUACC